AUGAGAAAGAUCAGCAACGCCGUGCUCGGCGUCGUCAACUUGCUCACUCUUCUCCUAUCUCUCCCUGUGAUCGCGGUGGCGCUGUGGCUAACCUUCCGCUCAGCGGCCUUGUCGGAGUGCGGCCGAUUUCUGCUCCUGCCACUGCUCGCGGUGGGCGCCGCCCUGUUCGUGACCUCCCUGCUCGGCCUCGUCGGCUCCUUCUUCCGCGUCUCCGGCUUCCUGUGGACCUACCUGGCGGUGCUCUCCCUGGUGAUCUUGGCGGUGUUGGCAUUCGCGGUGAUGGCGCUGGCGGUGACCAACAGGAGCGUCGGGCGGGCGCUGUCGGGGAAGGGUUACGAGGAGUACCGUCUGGGGCACUACUCUCUGUGGUUACAGAGACGGGUGCACGAGUGGAAGAACUGGAAGGUGAUCUCCUCGUGCUUGAAGGAGGGAAAGAGUGGGGCAGAAUCUACAUCCAGUCAACACGGUAGCCACAUCCCCAGCUUGUCAUCUCCUCGAUUUUCAGAUAGGAUCAUAUUGACGUCAUCUGUGGGAACGUAG